GAAAAAAAAUCAUACGAAACAGCAGAUAGAAAAAAUUCAGAAUGGUAUAGCACCACCUUACUUUAAUAUGAAAGGUAUUUUCAAUGUAUAUAAACGAGAUCAUCUAUACUUGGAUAUUUGUGCAAGAGGAUACCCGGAGCCAAAAUAUAAUUUAACAUACGUAAAGAAUCACCGGGAAAUCUCUCUAGAGGACAUGAAUGAUUUUGAUGGAAUGAUCACCUCGAGAAUUCCAUUAACUGUGCUAAAAGUGCCAACAGCUCUUUCCUUAGUUGCGUGUAAUACAAAUGGCUGCAUUAAUGAUACCAUUCACUCUAUUCAUGUAACUGGAAACCGUAUUGUACUGGAACAAACUCCUGGUCAAGCGAUACACCUAUGCUGUGAAAAUGAACUCCGUUCGGCCUGGAAUGUAACAUGGUUCUUUAAUACCUCAAGAGAAACGAGAAUUUCAGAGGUGACACAACUUCCAUCUGGAUUUUAUUCUAACUAUAAAAUACCUAAAAUCAGCUAUCUAGAUGAAGGCUUUUACGAAUGCCGAACGGUCCAGAAUUCAAAAUGGAUCACUAUCGGCGAUUUUCACUUGAAAAUAAAGGAUGACGCUACACCGGCCACACUCGCCGCUGAACAUGACCCAAGUUCUACCUACCAGAUUACCAACAAUGAUGACAUGAUAAUGAAGAUAUUAAUCACCGCGCUAGGAAUGAUAUUGAUAAUUGCAGUAAUAUGUGGCAUACUUUUUUUCUGCAAAUACAAAAAAGAAAUGAAACAGAAAGAUACCGAAAUCGCAGAAAUGACACAAUUGGUGAAAAAGAUUGUAGUACAGAAACAAAUCAACAUCGAUGACAAUUUUCCCGAUGUUUUGAAUAUGCCUGUCGUUUCAAUUGAACGUUUGAAAUGUGGUAUAGUGAAAAACGGCAUGGUUUCGGUAGGCGAAUAUGAAAUGUCAUUAGACGAACAUUGGGAAUAUCCUCGACAAAAUUUACGCUUGGGGGAAACUUUGGGUGAAGGUGAAUUUGGGAAAGUAGUGCAAGCCGAGGCAAAGGAUAUUUGGGAACAUGGAAAUGACCUUGUAACAGUGGCAGUGAAAAUGCUCAAGGAUGAUCACAUGGACUCAGACAUGAUAGACUUGGUAUCUGAAAUGGAAUUGAUGAAAUUACUCGGGAGUCACCAGAACAUCCUUCGACUUCUCGGCUGCUGCAGCCAAGGAGGACCAUUGCUUGUAAUUACAGAAUAUGCUCGAAAUGGAAACCUCAAGAAUUUUCUUCGAAAACAUCAUCACCAUUCCAUCAAAAUAGAAGAAAGUACUCUCUUGACUUAUGCUCGUCAAAUUGCGCAAGGAAUGGUUCAUCUGUCUUCAAUAAAAUGUAUUCAUCGAGAUUUGGCUGCUCGAAAUAUCCUUGUAACAGCUCAGUGCACGAUGAAAAUUGCUGAUUUUGGCCUCGCCCGAGAUGUGAGACAUACCGAAUACUACAAGAAGACAUCAAACGGUCGACUACCCAUAAAGUGGAUGGCACCAGAAGGCUUAUUUCAUAACAAAUACACAAUGCAAUCUGACGUCUGGUCUUUCGGCAUAUUGCUUUGGGAGAUAAUAACGCUGGGUGAUGAUCCGUAUCAUUCAAUAGAUUCUCUUGCUGGGCUACGUAACGCUUUAAAGCAAAAUUAUCGAAUGGAAAAGCCCGCAAAUGCAUCUACAAACAUAUACAAACUGAUGAUGGAUUGCUGGAGUUUCUGGCCUGAGGAUCGUCCAAAUUUCUCGUCAAUAGUAGAACGCCUAAAAGAAUUAUUGAUUGAUGCAAGGCCCAAGGUAGUCGAUGGGUUAUACCAUUCAGAAAAUUCUGAUGAAUUCGACUCGCAAAGUGUUAUUUCUACAACGGAAUCCAGUGAAGACGAAAAUGAAAUUAGAAAACCUAUUUUGAAAUGAUCAAUUUGAUAUAGGUACCUAGAAAAUAUUUUGUCGGUAUUGUUUCUAUUCUCUAGGUAAGAUAAAAAAUUAUUUGUUUGACCGUAAGGUGGCGCCAUACAAUAGGUAUAUCUAAUUUAGUAUUUAGUACGUAUAUAAGUACAUGUUAUGUAAUUUCAUUUAUUUUCUUGCAUUUUUACUGAAUAUGAAACGUUGGUACGUUUGUUGAUAUGUAGCAACUUAAGAAUAUUAUCAUUCAAUUUUAUGAAACCACUACAA